UAACCGCCAACUGCCCGAGCAGAGGAACAGCGUGGAUAGAAUGGGAUCACGUAUGCUGUGUGGUAGUGAACGCCUCCGAGCCCUGCCAAGUAGGGAUAGGCUUGGAGCUGCAAGCAGCACUUGUCCUCGCCUACACAGAAACUCUGCUCUGUUCUGCGUCUUCUCCUUUCAAACAAACAAAUAUGUCCAAGAAAUUUUGCAGUAGCUUUUAAUCUUGGUCAAUUUCUUUCUUUCCUUGGACCCUUCUUCUUGUUAGGUUGCAUCUUCUGGCGCUGAUUGGAGGCCGCCAUGGAUGAGGCCUCGGGUCGAAGUGGCUCAGUGAGGGCUACAAGGAGCAUCUUUGGCGAAAGCAUCGGUGGGAGGAAGCCGGAGAAGAACAGAGCGCCGAAUGUUCUAGCACAAGAGAAUUUGUCCUCGGAAAUCAAGCAACUAGCAAAAUCCGGCAUGGAUAGGCUGAACGAGCGCAAGGCGGCUGUGGACAAGGAGAGAGCCGGCGCCGAGUCCGAGCUGUCUAGGGCGCGCUCCAUGGCGAAGGAGCUGGAGCGCCAAAUCGAGCAGACCAAGGCCAAAGCCGCGUCCCGGAGAUCAGAGCUCCACGCAAUGUGGGCAACCAGCGCAAGCAAGAAGGGCACGGAUGCGUCGAACUCGCAGGAGGAGCGCGACGCUGCUGAGUACGCGGAGGUGGUGCGGGAGCUGGACCGUGCCAAGCAGGAGCUGCGCAAGCUGCGGCUGGAGGUGAAGUCCGAGGCGGAGGCGAAGGCCAAGGCCGAGAGCGACAUCGUGUCGUCGGCGAUCAAGAUCCAGUCCAACCUGCGCGCCGCCGACGAGAUGAAGCGGCGGGUGGACGAGGCGAACGAGGAGCACGUCCUGGUGGAGCUCGCGCGUAUCGAGGCCGAGAGGGAGCGCCGCGAGAUCGAUGCCCAGCGGAGCGCCGAGGCCGAGCGGUUCGCCAGGGACAUGGAGGCCACGAGGGCCAAGAUCGAGGCGCUGCAGAAGGAAGUGGCACGCACGAGGGACAUGGAGGCGAAGCUCGCCGUGACCAACGCCGACGUGGAGGUCUUGCAGGCCGAGAUGGAGCUGGUGCGCGCCAUGGAGAGGAGCAGUGUCAAGAAGGACGAGUCAGCGGAGUCUGCGGCGAGGCGGAAGAAAGAAGAGGCGCAGGACAAGGCGCUACUGCAGGCUGCGGAGGCCGAGCUGGACGCGGCAACGGAGGAGCUGGAGAGCAUCAAGGCGGGAGGCUUCCAGUUCAUGAAGUCCAUGGACAGCACGCGCACCGAUCUCAUGAGAGUCACCGAGGAGGUCAACCGGCUCAAGGAGCAGGAGAAGAAGACGGACGCGCAGGUGCAGCAGCUGAACGCCAAGCUGCUGAAGGCGAGGGCCCGGAUGGAGGCCGUCACGGCGGCCGGCGAGCGGUCCAAUACGAUCGUAUCCAACCUGACGUCGGCAUUGCAGCAGCUCCAAGCAGAGACCGAGGCGGCGAGGAAGGAGGAGGAGCUGACCGAGCUGGAGCAACGGUGCGUGCGAGCAGAGACCAAGAACGUGAACGCCGAGAUCGCCUCAACCGAGGAACGCAUCAGGCAGUCGGUGAAUGAGCUCGAGGCGGCAAAGACGUCGGAGGCCGCGGUGAUGAAGAAGCUGAAGACCGCCGUGGAGAGCACAAUGAAGGCGAGGGCGUCGCCGGCAUCGCAGGGAUCGGGGACCAUAACCAUCUCGCGGUUCGAGUACGAGUACCUGAGCGGGCGCGCGGCGCUGGUCCAGGUGGUGGCGGACAAGAAGGUGGCCGCGGCGCAGGCGUGGGUGCAGGCACUGAAGGCCGGCAAGAAGGAGUUGGCAGCCCGCGCCGAGGCAGCCGAGCGGGAGACCAGUGAGAUGCGUGCCAGGGAGGCGGAGGCGGCGGCGGAGGCGGAUAAGACCGCGUCCGAGCAGAAGGCGCUGGAGCAGGAGCUGUACGACCUGAACGCGGCGGCGGAGCGGGACGGGCUGCUGUGCGCGUACCCUCAGCGGCGGUCGAACCGGGUGUCGGCGACGAUGAGGCGGGCGAGGGCGCGGCGGUCGUCGGUGUCGUCGGCGGCGGGGAUCCGGAACCCGCGGUCGCCGUCGUUCACCAUCAAGAGGAAGCGCAAGGUGAUGCCCAACCUCCUGAAGCUCAUCAGGGCGAGGAGAGACGCCAACGGCACAAACUGAGAUGAGUCGUGACCGCGAGCCGCACAGAACUGUGUGCAUCAUCAGCAUUCCGCUUUGCCCGCUGCUGCCUGCCGGGCGAUGGCUUAUAUCUGUUCGCUUCUUAUACGUGUUGCUGCAAUGCGAUUCUUGAGAAGGGAUCCUUUUCUUA